CUAUAUCACCACUUACUAGGGGUCGGGGACAAAGGCAGUGAAGUGAAGGCAGAGGAAAUAAUGUGCGGUGUUGUGAGUUACUGAGCAGCCACCACCACCACCAUGCUCCCGGCGCCCCUCACGCUCCUGGCGGCCGCGUGUCUCGCCGGGGAGGUGGCAGCAAACUACUGUGAAUGGGACCUGUGUGGCAGGGAACAGUACUGCUGCGGUGACAACCUGUGCUGCGACUAUGUCAACCACCACUGGUACUUCUGGGUUGGUGUGGUAUUCAUGGUUCUCCUGGUGUCAGCAUGUGGUGGUGUCUUCCGCUAUUACUACCACCGCUGGACAUCCAAGGGCUCUCUUCCACCGUACCUUCCUGCCCACAUCUCCUCUCAUGACUCCCACUUCAAGCUGACAGACGACAGUGAGAAGGGCAGCAUGUAACAGCCACCACCAUCACUCAUCCCACACCUCCCAUGCUGCUGGUAACACGCACACACAUACACACACACCCCCAGGACAACAUUGGCCACUCGUGCAGCACCUGUGGUGUGCCAUGUGCUGCUGUGAAGGAAGAGGAAGAAGGGAGUGUGGUGUGUUGUGGCAGAAGAAGUAAAGGUUUGAAGUGUGCUGUGUGUUGAGUUUCUGCUGAGUUGUGUGUGUUCUGUGACUGCUGAUGAGAUUGUGUGGGCCUUGUGUGAGGGAGGUGGGCUGAUUGUGAGAGGGAGAGAAUAAUCUUGUCGGACAGAGAUACAAGGAGAGAUACAGAGAUGGAGAAACUAGUGUAAUGCAUAAAUUGUGGAUCAAAGGAUGGGUGUUCAGUGUCAAAGAUAUGAAUGGUAAAUGAAGUGAAUAUUGAUGUAGAGGCAUGUUAGACAAAAUUAAUGUUGUCACUAUUACUACCACUGCAUCACCCACCCAUCACUACUGCUACCACCACCACCACCACCACCACCACCAUGAUUGCCACUACUGUCAUCCCUAUCAUUGCCUUGUCAUUUGCCACACUCACUCUGGCCAUGGAAUAGGGAACACAUACAGUAUCAGUUUGCGCAAUGGAUUAAGGAACAAUUAGCCAUGUGUCACAAAAGAAUUUAUUGUUCCUCCCCCCUCCUUUUAUUUAUUUUAUUUAUUUAUUUAUUUUUUUUUUCUGCAUCACUGAUUCUGCUAUUUGCCUCUUACUAGUGUGGUGGUGAUGCAUGAAACUGUACUUGGGUGUAUACUGUAUUUUUAUUUAUAUUAUCGAUACCAUGUGUUCUCUUUAGGAUGGGAUGAGGAUGAGUAAGUGUGUGUGUGUGUGUGUGUGUUCAAGGGACUCUUCCAAGUGGGUAAAGAGGAGCGUAUAUAUAUAUAUAUAUAUAUAUAUAUAUAUAUAUAUAUAUAUAUAUAUAUAUAUAUAUAUAUAUAUAUAUAUAUAUAUAUAUAUAUAUAUAGUAGUUACAUGAUCAAGUCCUCCAUAAGUGUUGUGUGACUUCCUUGGGCUGAACAAUUUGCAUUAGUCCUCCAACCAGCUGCUCAUGUUGCAUUUCCUUCAAGCUUGGGUAGUUUGCAAGAGUCAUCCAUAAAUGACUACUAGUGUGUGUGUGUGUUGGUGUGGGAAGUGGAUGGUGUGAGUGAAGCCCUCCACUGGCAUGUACUUUGUGUUGUUGCUGUUGUUGCUUAAAGAUCAGAUUUUUUGCAAGAUGUUCCUCCUCGUCAUUGUCGUGUGUGUGUGUGUGUGUGUGUGUGUGUGUGUGUGUUGCGUUGCGUUGCGUUGCGUUGCCUACUUAACGAGGGAAUGCUUCAUAAACUAGCAGACUGAAUUGACAGUGAAAGUUGUGUGUCAGUGACUUGUAUCUUCAGGAAGUUACUCACUGAACUGAGUUAAUGCUUUGUUGAAAAUCAUGUCAGGAAGUUGUAUCUUUAGAAAAUUCAACUUAAUUCCUUGUGAGAUUCAUACAUAUGUGAGUUAUGUCCUAGGGAAGUACAGAAUUGAUUAUCUAUGAAAUCUGUGCAUUAAUGAGUCAUAUAUUCAGUAAGUCAUGGUGUGAAUUCUGUGUGGGAAUUAUGAAUGACUGAAAAAUAUCUAAAGAAAUCAUACAUAGAAUAGUUGUGUGCUUAUUUAGAAAUGGGAUGAGUCAUAAAAGUCCCUCAUCUGUAUUGAAGGAGAUGAUGGUUUGUGGCAAAUUGCAGCAAAGGUUCAACAAAGGAUGGGACAUGAUGAAAAGUCCCUCAUCAGUGUUGAAAAUGUGUUCUGUGAAAGGCUUUUAUGGUCAACUAACGUUCCACCAUCAGUGCACCUGUGUUCUUUAAAGCUGAAGUGAUUUACAAAUGGUUCCAAAUUGGUAAAUGUAUUCAAGCACAGAAAAAAUACACAAUUUAUAAAAUAAGCAUUGCAGAAAGACUGGGAUGGGACUCUCAAACCCUUCAUGUUCUAGCCUGGUCAACUUUUAAGAGGCUCAAGUGGAAGUUACUGGAUGAUGAUGAUGAUGAAAUAACAAGGAUUCUUUAUCUGUGAGAAAACAACACAAGAACCCAACUGAUCCUCUUAUGGUGUUUGAAAAUAGUCCUUGCGGGAGACUCAAGCAUAAAUAAAGACUACAGUGAUUUGAUUUACAAAUAUGCACAAAGUUCACCAGUGUACCCAUGUAAUGCGUAAAGGCUGAAGGAUGACAACAGUUCACAGGAAAUACAACACAAGCAUUACGUACCUCAACAUGUCUGUGCACCAGUUACUAUGCCUCGUCUCCAUUAUCCAGAGGCAGCAGCAGCAGCAGCAUCAGUACCACCCCUUAGAUGCACAUUAAGGCCCAUAUUUUGAAACACUUCAGUGCCUCACCUCCACUACUUUCAAAAACCUCUAGUUGCAGUUGCACAUAUUUUUAAGGUUAUUUUUAUGGUUCUGGCAACAGAUUAACAGAACAAACACUUAUUAAUCAUCUAUGUGGUUUUUGAAAAUAGUCACGGUGAGAGAGCAGAGUUUCUGAAUACAGGCCUAACAGUCAGGAGUUGAACAUUCACCUUGUAUCCCAUAGUAGUUCUUCCUCUUGCUGUGACCUUGCAGACCACAAGCCACAGCCUCAUUACUUUGAUCAUAGGCAGGGUGGGAUGGAGGGAAGGGGGUGAUCAGGACAUGUGAAAUUAAAGAGUGGAAUUGGAGGAUUAAUGGCAGAUGGGAUAUAGAGAGGGAAAAAGUAGAUGAGAAUGAGAAGGGGAGGAUGUUAAGAGAUAUGGAUAAAUGGAGUGAUAGAUGGAUAGUUUUUGGAUAGGACACAUGGGAAGAUGGUAAAGGAUGGUAAGGAAGAUGAGAAUGGAAGUUAUUAGAGGAAGAUGAGUAAGAAAUGCAGAGAAAUAUAAGAGGGAAGAGAAAGAAGGAGAAAACAAAAUGAAUAGAGGUUAGUGAAAAGAUAAAGAUGUGAAGAAAGAGGUAAAUAAAUUGCGUAGGUUAAGGAAGAAGAGUAAGAAAUGCAGAGAAAAAUAAUACGAAAGAGAAAGAAGUAACAAAAUGAAAGAUGAGGAAUAGAGGUUAGUGAAAAGAGAAAGAUGUGAAGAGAGAGGGAAGAUGUGAAGAAAGAGGUUAAAUAGAAUGUGUAGGUUAGGGAAGGUAUACAUUCUGAACACCCCAAAUAUAAGCUUCCACUGUGAGUCAGCCGAGACCGAGGUAGAGGCAGAGGCAGGGCAAAGCAGAUCAUGUCUGGGUGCUGCCUCAGAAUUACAUAUGUCACUCUGGGGAGGGAAUCCUUUUACAUUACACUGUUGUUUAUUCAUCAUUAUCAUUACAUUUUGAGAACCUUUACUUGAAGAUUGUUCAUGGUGGUUAGGUUAGGUUAGUCUAGGCAGAAAUAACAAUGAUUGUAAUGAUGUAUAGGUAAUACCAAUUCAUUCAUACUUAUACCAAGGCUAUCUCACAUGUUAAAAAAAGAUGGGGAUAGCAAAGACAAGGUUUAGAUCUUUCUUUAUAACAGUGAAAUGUAUAAUGUCCCUAUAAUGUGGGUACGUCGUCUUUUUCCCAGACACAAACCAGUUUAAUUCCGACAGCUUACCCUAUCUUGCCCUGGCCCGUCCUGCCCUGCCCUGCCCUGCCUUGCCUUGCCUUGCCUUGUCUCUCCUCGUGCUGCUCCACAUCACUCAAUACAUGUGUUUCUGGCCAAUAUCCUGCACUUCCUCCUCAUUGCCAUAGUUGUUCGUGGGAUCAGGUUGUGUGGGAGGGAGGGAAGGGGAGGGGAAGGGAAUAUGAGGUAGUGGGGAGAGAGAGAGAGAGAGAGAGAGAGAGAGAGGAAAGAGAACUGUGUGUGUAUGAUCUUUGUUUUUGAUCAAGGUGUUAGUUUAAAGGGCUCAGAGUUCACAGGUAUUCAUCUGUGUUUAAAUAUUAUUCCAUUUAAUUUACAUGUUUUCCUCUCUCUCUCUCUCUCUCUCUCUCUCUCUCUCUCUCUCGGUAUUCAUCUGUGUUUAAAUAUUAUUCCAUUUAAUUUACAUGUUUUCUCUCUCUCUCUCUCUCUCUCUCUCUCUCUCUCUCUCUCUCUCUCUCUCUCUCUCUCUCUCUCUCUCUCUCUCUCUCUCUCUCUCUCUCUCUCUCUCUCUCUGAUUGGGUUGUGCAUAUAGUUGUACUGUACGUAAUUCUAAUUGAUAAUGAUAGUAAUAAUAACAAUAAUGAUAAUGAUAUUUAAUUAUAGCUGUUAAUUAGAGUCUGCAGUUCAGCCGUUUUCCAGGGACUUGUACGUAGGUUGUAUAGAGCAGGUCAUGAUGGAGAGAGGUGUGUGUGUGUGUGUGUGUGUGUGUGUGUGUGUGUGUGUGUGUGUGUGUGUGUGUGUGUGUGUGUGUGUGUGUGCAAGUGAGACUAUUUUUGUCUUGUGGCUGGAGAGAGAGAGAGAGAGAGAGAGAGAGAGAGAGAGAGAGAGAGAGAGAGAGAGAGAGAGAGAGAGAGAGAGAGAUGUGGUGGAAUGUUAGAGUGCAAUAAAGGUCAUUAGUUAGUAUCUUCACCACUGGAACGGUAACUUUAAGAACUUCACAUAGCUGUGUUGUGAUCUCAGAAAACAGCCAAUCUUUCAAGAAUCAUUCAAUGUACUACUGUGGUCUAUUUAACAUAUCAUUACCUUGAGAAUCCUUAACUAAAUGUGAUGUAAACCCUCCAAAAAAAAAAAAAAUAGAAUAUCGGUUAUAAUUAUUUUCUUCUUUCUCACUUUAUUUACAGUCAACUCAUCUUUAUUUCUUUUCAUCAAGUGACGAUUACAAAGCCUCAUGUUGUCAUGCUGGGAAAUUCCAUUAGAACAUUGCUAUUAGUCAGUCUGGCGUGACACUGAGGAGGCGAGGAGUUAGGAUGAGUUGGGUGGAGUGAGACGGGAAGAGGUCAGUUGUGUGUAGGUUAAAAUUAGUAUCCAGAAGCUUUAAGAUAUUGUAACAACCACACCAUAUCAUUACCAUAGACUGGAGGAUGGGGAGAGGGAGGGAAGAAGGGGGAAGGGUUGAGUAGUGAGGUCUUAGGAGCAAUAAUCUUGGUCACAUAUAACUAAGCUUGAUAAAGUUGUCCCUCUUAUUAGGGCUUGUAUUAAUAAGUACAGUGUAGGUGGUAAUUAGGUAACGAAUUAGGUUUUGUGCAUUAGGCUUCCAUCUAUGUGGGACUAGUAUAUAAUAGUGGUUGUUGAUGAUAGUUAUGAGGGUGACUGGCAGGCCAUAGAGAAGCAGUGGUUGUGUUGUGGUCUGAGGGUAAUAUUUGUGAGUUAAAAGGCAAUGUGGUGUGUGUGUGUGUGUGUGUGUGUGUGUGUGUGUGUGUGUGUGUGUGUGUGUGUGUGUGUGUGUGUGUGUGUGUGAUAAGAAGUAAAAAUGUAAGCAUGUCACAAAUUUUGGCUUGCUUAAUGCUCUACCUUGGCACAUAAAGAUAAAUUUCAAAAGUGUGGAAGUCUCAGGUUUUCAAAUACAAAUGCCAAGAGUCACUUUACCAGUCAGUCAAUCAGUUAAACAGUCAGUCAGUGAGCCGAGUCCCUCCCUCCUUCCCUCCUCUCCAGCCAAACACUUAGGCGAAUUAUUCAAAGUUGAUAUUUUUUAUAUGAAUCAUUUACCAUAGGAAUUGUAGAUUAUAACAAAAAAUAAAAAAAUGUAUGUGUAUAUAUUUUUACCUUGAGUUUACUGCAGCAGCAAAUCUGUCGGGAUUAUUAAUAUGGGACUUUUAAUAAAAAAUGUGAUAAACUAGA